AAAAUGUCAGCUAGUUCAAGUUAUGAAGCUUUUCAACAAAUUUUAAAGUCUGCAAAACAUAUUGCCACGAUAUGUGGAGCAGGACUUUCCGCAGAAAGUGGAAUUCCGACGUUUCGUGGUGAAGGUGGCUUUUGGAGAACUUUUGAAGCAACUGAACUUGCAACUCCAAGUGCAUUUAAAGCUAAUCCAUCGCGUGUCUGGGAAUUUUAUCAUUAUCGUCGAGAAUUAGUAUUAAAGAAACAAGCAAAUAAUGCUCAUAAAGCUUUAGUGAAUUUUGAAAAUAAAGUACUUUCACAAACACCACAAAAUCAAACAUUUACUGUUAUAACACAAAAUGUUGAUGGAUUGUCGUCAAAUUUAAAGAAUAUUAUUGAAAUGCAUGGAUCAUUAUUUAGGACUCGUUGUACUAAAUGUGGUGAUAUUGAGAAAAAUAAUGAUUCACCAAUAUGUGAAGCAUUGAAAGGAACCGAAGAUUCAAAUUUUGAUACGAAUAUACCUAUUGAAAAACUUCCUUCUUGUACAAAAUGUCAAGGAUUAUUAAGACCUGAUGUUGUUUGGUUUAAUGAAAAACUUGAUCAAAAUAUUUUAAGUAAAAUUCAUGAAGAAUUAGAUAGGUGUGAUUUACUUUUGGUUAUCGGAACUAGCGGAACCGUUUACCCUGCAGCUGGGUAUUCUAAUUAUGUUAAAUUACGAGGUGGCAAAAUUGCCAUCUUCAAUAUUGAAGAUACUGGAGAUGCUGAUUUUAAGUUCAUCGGUCCUUGCGGAGAGACUUUGUCGAAAGCUCUUGAAGUUUAAUUUAAUUGGAUUCUAAAUAUGAGUCCCCUCAAUCAUAAUCUAUCUUUUAUUAGCUGAUUAGAUUACAUAAUUAAUUAAAUUUUAUUCUUAAAUAUUAUUACAUCUUUUACAUUUUAUAACUUAUUUUCCAUCAAUAAUUCAAUAAAAUAAAUAAGAGAUUUACAAA